AUGGCUACACAAAAGACUUUCCAGGAGGUCCUCAAAGAGAGAGCGCACUCUGAGUGCACUCAAAAUAUGCUCUUUUACCCCUUGGGAAAUACCUGUAGCCCUAUAGAGAUCACGUACACGAGCCUAUACAAGAAGACGCAGCGUAUCAGCCGUAGUAUCCAGCGUCACAGAAAAUUCGUAGCUGGCGACCCCGUGCUAUUACACUUCGACGAUCAUUGGGAUACAAUUUUGUUGUUCUGGUCUGUUCUGUUUGCAGGCGGCUUGCCCGUUCUCUCAUCUCCUUUCAGCAACAUAGAAGAGGAGCGGCAUAAGUAUAUUCGGAUGUUGUCUGCUCUUCUAGAGUCGCCAAUCUGUUUCACCAGAUCUAAAUUCUUGCCAGCAUUCGGGGAUUUUCAUGAUAUACAUUUGCAGUCUGUGGAAAGUUUGCUCGAGGCAUCCGAAAAAGCAUCUUAUCAUACGGAGGAUGUCGACGAAAGUCAAAGCGGCCAAGCAGCUGACACCAAGAUCCCGAGUGAAAGGAUUUAUACGAAUAGAGACUUGCUGAUGCUCAUGUUGACAUCUGGAAGCACAGGCAAUGCUAAAGCUGUUGAAAUCACCCAUCAACAAGCGCUGGCUGCGGUAUCGAGCAAGGCUGCGAUGCGGGCACUUCCCCUAGACCGACCGUUCUUGAACUGGAUCGGCCUUGACCACGUCGCCGGCCUGCUUGAGAGUCACCUCCAGGCAUUAUGGCUAGGUGUUGGCCAGAUUCACGUGAGUGCUGCCGAUGUCGUGACGUCUCCUACAACGUUCUUGGAUUUGCUCACUAGACACCGUGUAUCGCUCACGUUCGCUCCAAACUUCUUCCUUGCAAAGCUUGGAUCGACUGCUGAGUCCCUAUCACUUCAGAGUACUCCGAAAUGGGACCUUUCAGGCUUGGUCUGCGUGACAUCUGGGGGGGAGGCAAACGACAUUCAAACUUGUGUAGCAGCGAGCGCGUUGUUUUCGAAACAUGGAGCUCCAUGUAACGUAAUUUCUCCUGGGUUUGGAAUGACAGAAACGUGUGCCGGGGCUGUUUACAAUACCAAUUGCCCUCAGUACGACGUUUCUCGUGGCCACCUCGUAGCCUCUCUGGGAAAAUGCCUGGGUGGAAUGGAGAUGCGUAUCGUAGCGUCUGAUGGGCAGCCAGCGGCGUCCGGUGAAGCGGGUGGCCUUGAAGUUCGUGGCCGGCUCGUUUUCCAAGGGUACUAUCGUAAUAAAACGGCCACUCAGCAAGCUUUAACACCGGAGCACUGGUUUCGGACUGGCGAUCGAGGCCGGAUUGAUGACAAUGGCAAUCUCAGUCUCGUGGGACGCGCUCAGGAAGUCAUCAAUAUCAACGGUGUCAAGAUAGUCGCCAUCGAUGUGCAAACCGCUAUGGAGAAGAUCUUGGGCAACCGCGUCGCACGACUAGUUGUUUUCUCUUCCACUUCGACGGCCUUACACACGGAGCAGGUAACAAUUGCAUAUAUCCCCAAAACCUUCCCGGUGCCGGACGAGGAAAUGGCAGAUAUUGCCGGACUGGCGAAGCAGGAGUGCCUGCUCCGCACCGCGACUCUACCUGUAAUUUUCGCUCUCCGCGAAGUGACGAUACCACUGCUCCCCAGGUCAGCUUUGGGCAAGCUGUCGCGCCUCAAGAUGACGCGCUUGUUUGAGGAUGGAACCUUUGUGGAGGACCUCGAAUGUCAUCAACAUGCACUUCUCCGUGCGUCUACAGCCGUAGCCAAGCGGAACGGGGUCAUGCCUUGGCGGCCAAAUGAGGCGGAAGCCAAGCUCCUCGAACAUGUGGUGGAAACGCUCGACCGUGGUACGGAAGAAGUGACUUUGGGACCAGAAACGUCUCUCUUCGAUAUCGGAUUCACCUCAAUGCACGUGAUUAAGCUCAAGCAUUUAAUUGAGAGACGUCUGGGAAUCGAUGUGCCCGUGGUUUUGAUUAUGAAGAACCCCACCGUUAGGGCCUUGGCCAUUGAGAUCGAUGCGUGCUCCAAGAAAAACAAUUCUAUAUCGACAUCUUUCGAAAGUUACGAUCCCGUGGUCGUCUUCCGCGCCGAGGGUGCCAAAACACCUCUCUGGCUGAUUCAUCCCGGCGUGGGGGAGGUGCUGGUCUUCAUCGGCCUGGCCAAGUGUCUCGCGGCCGACGACCGGCCGGUGCUCGCUCUCCGCGCCGCCGGUUUCGAACCGAACAACCCAGGCUUCGACAGUAUCGAGCAGACCGUCGACGUCUACACCGCAGCGAUCCGCCGGCGCCAACCACAUGGACCGUACGCUCUGGCUGGUUAUAGCUACGGCGCGAUGCUGGCGUUCGAGACUGCGAAGCGACUGAGGGCCAGCGGCGACGAAGUACGCUUCCUUGGCUCGUUCAACCUACCGCCGCACAUCAAGCAGCGUAUCCGUACGCUCGAAUGGAACAUAUGUCUAUUGCACCUAAGCCAUUUCCUGGGCAUUAUCACCGAGGAAACUUCGGGGAUCUUGGAGAUCGAUCCUACGUUCCGCGGUGUGCCGCGCUCUGGGGCUCUGCAUAGAGUUUUCGAGAUAGCCGAUAAACCACGUUGGGAGGGCCUAAAUCUGGAGAUAGAUGCUCUGGCACGCUGGGUCGAUGUGGCAUUUGGGCUUCAACGGAUGGCGAGCGCUUACGAUCCAUCUGGUCAAGUAAAUAGCAUUGAUAUUUUCUAUUGCAUACCGUUGAAGGCGGUUGCGAAGUCGCGCGAGGUUUGGCUACGUGAUUAUCUCAGCCGCUGGGCCGAUUUUGUACAUGAACCGCCCAGGUUCCACGCUGUAAAAGGCGAACAUUAUACUAUGAUCAAUUCUGAACACGUUCAAGGCUUUGCACAGACUCUGAUAGAGGCGUUAGCAGCGAGAGACGUAUAG